GCAGAGAGUGGUGACAAGCCUGUGGCCACGCUUUUUCCUGUUGCAGAGUUUCAGUGCGCACCUUCAAACUUCUCCACACCAACCGAACACGAGCAGCGGUGCCAUAGCAGAGGAUUUACAACGUUUGUUUUUUUAAUCAGUAUUUUUCACUAUACAUUUAAGUCUCUGGGGUAAAGGCAUCCGGUGCUUUCACUUUUUAAUGUGCGCUGUCAGCCAACUUCUGACUUAGUGUUCUUAUUUGCAUACUCACAAUAAGGCUCGACGACUGAGAUUGUGUUCUCUCUCCGGACCACUGCUCUUAAUUUGGCAGCCAUCGGGCAAAACUCCCAGACCCUUCCUCCUCAAUAUUCUGCCACCGUCUGUGGCAAAGUUUACCAAACUGAACACAAAAGGGCCGAAGACAGUUGCAGAGAAAAAGAAGAAGACUGACUGGUAAAAAAAAUCAGGCAACAUAGGUGUCAUGUUUGUGGAGAGAACUUCCUGCCUUGGCUGUCUUCCUGUGACACAAUCACUGUUCCUUUAAGUCGUACUCUGCAGUUUGGCCAGAGGGUAUUUUUGUCUAAAAACAAGUCAAGCAGCUGAGUUUGUGGGAUGAGAGCACAAAGAAAGCAAAUAAGAAGAAAAAACAACCAUGCUGAAGAAUGAUCAGCUGAUCUAUAUUGGCCUGGAGCUGGUGAUCGCUUGCCUGUCUGUGGCGGGGAACGUCCUCGUCUGCUGGGCCGUCUGCCUCAACUCCAACCUGCAGAGCAUUACCAACUUCUUUGUGGUGUCGCUGGCAGUGGCUGAUAUUGCUGUGGGGCUGCUUGCAAUUCCCUUCGCUAUCACUAUUAGUACCGGCUUCUGUGCCAACUUCUACGGCUGCCUGUUCAUCGCUUGCUUCGUCCUCAUACUCACCCAGAGCUCCAUCUUCAGCCUUCUGGCCAUCGCUGUCGACCGCUACAUCGCUAUCAAGAACCCACUCAGGUACAACAGCCUGGUGACAGGACAGAGGGCAAAGGGCAUCAUCGCAUUGUGCUGGGUCCUCUCUGUGGGCAUCGGCCUGACACCGAUGCUGGGCUGGAACAGAGCAGCAGCAGGUUUCCGGGCAUUGCACAGGAGUAAAACAAUACAGAGUUGGAAUACCACCGCUGCAGUCGGCAGCCGUACCUGCCCAGAAGGCUUGACGGAGUGCCUGUUUGAAGGAGUGGUAACCCUGGACUACAUGGUCUAUUUCAAUUUCUUCGGCUGUGUGCUGGUGCCCCUGGUGGUCAUGCUGGUCAUCUAUGCCCAUAUCUUCAUGGCCGCUCGGCGCCAGCUCCGACUGAUGGGGCUCAAAGUUGCACACGCGCCCGCUCCUGGAGAAAUAACCUCGUCAUCGAGCUCAUCUCGUUCGACCCUGCAGAAGGAAGUGCAAGCAGCCAAAUCACUGGCCAUCAUUGUCGGUUUGUUCGCUCUAUGUUGGCUUCCGCUGCACAUCAUUAACUGUUUCAACCACCUGUGUCCAGACUGCGAGCGCGUACAUAUCUGGGUGAUGAAUAUUGCCAUCAUCUUCUCUCAUGGUAACUCUGUCGUGAAUCCCUUCAUCUACGCUUAUCGCAUUCGGGAGUUCAGGCAGACCUUCCGGAGGAUCCUGUACCAGCACAUCCUCGGGAAGAGGGUUGGACGUGGGGUUGGUAGUGAUGAUAUCAGGGGUAUUGGGAGCAGCAGUAUCAUGCAGACUUCCUCCUAUACCAGCAAAGAGGGUUUAUCAUGUGGCACAGUAGUAAAUAGCUACAUCCUGGACCCCAGUCCUGACCGAACUCCACCAAAAGCUGCUCAUGAAGCAUCUUGCCAUUGGACAUCAAAGUUAGAUUCUGCACCGAGCAGAUACAUACCCAACGGACACCAAAUAAAUGUUAGCACCAUUCCAGGAACACAGCAGCAGCCAUACAUUGCUGUUCAGGAUGGAGUAGAGUCAGUCUCAUACCUGAAAGGAACAGCAGAUGUUUUGGAGGUGAAAGACAGCGGGAGUUGCAUUGCUUUUGUGAAUGUUCAGGCUCUCUCCCUGGAACAGACUGACUGCGUCCGCUCAACAGAGCUUGCUGAAGUCUCAUGACAAAUAUAUUUAGGUAUUUAAAGGGGACAUAUUGUGCUUAUUUCAUCAUUUUCUUUUGAAAAUCACCCUAACCCUAACCCUAACCCUACUACAACAUGUUUACGUGCUUUAAUGUUCAAAAAACAUAUAAUACUUUUGUUCAUACUGUCUGUCCGUCUGAAUAUAGCUGUAACGCUUUAGCGCCUGUCUCUUUAAUCCCCCCUCUUGAAAAAGCCCAGUCUGCUCUGAAUGGCUUGCAAGAAAAAUUAGGCGCAAUUGUGCAAAGUUAGUUUUCCAGCCGAAGGUGGAGAUACGUACUCAGAUUGCGGGCGAUAUACUUUAAUGAGCCUGCAUGGGACAAAGGAACGCGAGCCAAACCUUUUUUAAUCUGGUGUUUUCCGACCGAGGCAGCCCACACUUAUUACACAGUGUGCGGGUUGACAGGCACUUCAGAUACCCACAUAUAUCUGCACAACUGAGUUUUUCAUAAUAUGUCCCCUUUAAAAUAUAUUUAUAUUGCCAUAACACAUAUAACAGUGUGCUAACAUGACAAUAAGAAGAAUGAUCAAUGAAGCCAUAUAUACAUCUACAGUAAUGCCAUCUUUGUCACUUUUUGAAGUCUCACAAACUGGAAUCUCUUGACCUGCUUUAUUACUUUUUGUAACCAGCCAUCUCUGAGUUGGAUCACAUCUACAAGCAGUUUCUACAACGAGUUUAUUUAAAAUGGGCUCAUACUUAUUGUCUUUACAUGCAGUAUAACAACAUCCAUGCAUUUCUUCUCAGAUAAGUGCUUUAUCAACUGUACUGUACCUUGUAAUGCAUUUUUAAGAGACUUUAAACACUUAAAUUCUUUAAACAGCUUCUUUUUUAUUUUUAUAAUGUUGCAUCAGGUCACCUUUUGUAAUGGUCAUCUGUUUGUACUCACUGGAAAAUUAAAAGUCUUAAAUACUUAA